AUGUCUGUGAGCAAAGAUGAUGGCACUCCAAGCCCCGUGGAUGUCGCGAGCAGUAUUGGCACUUGGUUGGCGGCCGGGGUGGCAAUUGUCGCGCUGCUGGGCGUGAUCGCACCAUUCCUUGCUAUCCAGUCGUCGAUGAGUGACAGAAACCGGGCGUUGAACGCCGUCCAAGAUUUACCCCAGAAGUACAUCAGCCAGGGAUACCAUCUUUGGACGGGAUAUCGGGCCUUUCGCUGGGCGAAACUCUCGGAGUUGCUACAGGCAUAUACAAUAUCCGUGGAGACAAGCAGAGAUCCGAUAGAGCUUGGUAUUACCCAGGGAGGCACUCUCGAGGUUGUCAACAGCCGGACAGCCCUGGUUGUUAACAAGUACUGGAUUCUUCAGCUUGGAAUACUUGGCCGAUACGGUCGGUGA